AUGGUGCAGAGCUAUUUGAGACAUGGGCCAACGCAGGCUUUUGGUCUCGUCUGCAGUUCGUCAUCCAACUCUGUGUUCGAUGGAAGGCGAGCGUAUGUGCCAGCCUUGGAAGAUGUGUUAGUAUGGGAUGUAAAGAAAGGAGAGAUGCUAGCUAUGUGGCACGACACUGGCCACAGAGCCGAGGUCACUUGUAUCCGUCGCUCACCUAAAAACGAUACAUUUGCUGUGGGAUAUGCCGACGGGUCAAUUCGACUGUGGAACGCACCUAGUGGCGACGUUAUCUGUGUCCUCAACGGUCAUAAGAAGGCCAUCACAGCUCUGGCAUUCGAUGACGAGGGCACACGCCUGGCCUCAGGAUCGCAGGAUACCGAAUUGAUCAUUUGGGAUGUGGUUGCCGAGUCGGGCUUAGUGAAGCUGCGAGGACAUCGCGAUCAGAUAACCGCUAUCCACUUCGUUUCUCCCUCCGACGACCAGCCUUCAACUUCAACAGGUGCUCGAUCAACAUUUUUGCUUACAGCUUCGAAGGAUACAUUCAUCAAGCUAUGGGACCUCAACCUCAACCACUGUAUACAGACGGUCGUCGCUCAUCGCGCCGAAAUAUGGGCCAUGGCCCUCGAUCCUGAGCAGAGUCUGCUGUUCACCGGAAGUAGCGAAGGCGAAAUGAAGGCCUGGCGAUUAGAUCAUGAAAGUAUGAGAGGGGGGUUGAGGGAAACGGACUCUGGAGAGGUUGUUCAAAUCAUACACCCCAUCACCAAAAUCCCACUCUCCUCCAGCCAUCGUGUCUCUCAGAUAACAUUCCACCCAACUCAACCCUACCUCGCCGUACAGUCUCACGACCGAUCCGUGGAGGUGUUCCGCGUGAGGACGCAGGAUGAAAUACGAAAGAAGCAAAUACGCCGUAAGAAACGUGCAGAGGAAAAGGGGAAAGCAAAAUCAAAAGGUGGGGAGGAGAAAGAAGGUGGUGUGGACACUGGAUCAGAGGAAGUCAAACUGGUUGACCUGUUUGAGCCGUAUCUCGUCAUCCGGGCUACUGGGAAAGUCAGGUCCUUCGAUUUUGGCCCAGAGAGUGGAACAAAAGGCGGAGCCCAGAUAUUGACAGCCUUGGCGAACAACGCAUUGGAGAUCUAUACCAUACCUCAGCCCACAAAAGCGAAAGGCUCGCUGCCUGAAGCAACUAGAACCUCCACAGUCGACCUCCCCGGUCAUCGCACGGACGUCCGAACUCUAUCCUUGAGCUCCGAUGAUCGCAUACUGGCUUCAGCAUCGAACGGUUCGCUUAAAAUAUGGAACAUGAAAACGACUGCCUGCAUAAGGACCCUUGAAUGUGGUUAUGCCAUUUGCAGUACAUUCCUUCCUGGGGAUCGCCAUAUCGCAAUCGGCACCAAAUCUGGGGAAAUCUUGAUAUAUGACUUGGCCUCAUCCAGUCUGAUCGAGACUGUUAAAGCCCAUUCUGGUACUGUAUGGUCACUCCAUGUCCACCCCGACGAAAAGGCACUUGUUAGCGGGAGUGCUGAUAAAGAAGUCAAGUUUUGGGAGUUUGAACACAAAGACGCGUCGGAAGAUAGUGCUCAGAGUGGCAAAGUAUUGUCUCUCGUUCAUGUCCGGACCCUAAAGAUGACAGAUGAGGUUUUGGCUGUGAAAUACAGCCCAAACGGCAAGCUGUUAGCAGUAUCUCUGCUAGAUUCCACAGUAAAAGUCUUCUACCAAGACACUCUGAAAUUCUUCCUAUCUCUGUACGGCCACAAGCUCCCAGUGCUGGGGAUGGAUAUAUCAGGCGAUUCAAAACUGAUUGUGACUUGUUCCGCCGACAAAAAUGUCAAGAUAUGGGGCUUGGAUUUCGGCGAUUGUCAUAAAUCGAUAUUCGCGCAUGACGAGAGCGUCAUGCAGGUGGCCUUUGAGAAGGAUAGCCACUACUUCUGGACGGUAGGAAAGGACAGUAUGCUGAAAUAUUGGGACGGCGACAAGUUCGAGAGCAUCCAGAAGCUGGAGGGACAUCAUGGGGAGAUUUGGGCCCUCGUAGUGAGCAACGGUGGUAACUUCGUUGUCACAGGCUCGCAUGACAAGUCAAUACGAGUGUGGGAGAAGCUCGAUGAACCCCUAUUCCUCGAAGAGGAACGGGAACGAGAGCUAGAACAACUCUACGAAAUCGGUGCUGCCGAUGCCCUCGGCGACUCACAUACCAUCAGGCCACCCGGCGAGAGCCAAGAACAAGCAGAAGUAGGCGCCGUUACGAAGCCAACGUCUGAAACGUUGAUGGCGGGCGAACGGAUUGUCGAGGCUAUUGAUUUGGCUGACAACGAGCUUGCCAUCUUCCGAGAGUACGAGCAAGCCAUGGCGGGACUGUCGUCCGACGACGCGAUGAGAAUGCAGGCACCCCCUCGUAACCCCGUUCUCGCCGCCUACGAUGUAACCCCAGAAGCAUACGUCCUGCAAGUCAUCGAGAAGAUUCCCAACGCAGCUUUACUAGAUGCCCUGUUGACUCUUCCUUUCCAGAAGGUGAUGUCUUUGAUGGGGUAUCUCAGCGAGUGGGCCAAGAACGAAUGGAAUAUCAUUCUCUCCUCGCGGAUUAUAUUCUUCUUGCUCAGGACCCAUCACCACCAAGUCGUCACGAACCACAUCAUGCGCACGUCCCUCAUCCCUCUACGCAAGAAUUUACGCUCUGCGCUCACCAAGCAGAAGGAUGUCACUGGUUACAACCUUGCCGCCCUGCGCUUCAUGCAGCGCAGAAAUAUAUCAGAUCACGCCACCCAGUUUGUCGACGCCGAACCUGACGAAGAUCAAGUUCGCUCCAAGAUCAUGGAGGUCAAAAAGAGGAAGAGAGUAAAAGUAUAG